AUGGGUUCCAGGAAGGUUAUCAAAAGUUGUGGGGUUUUCUUGAUAAUUAUGGUUCUCUUGUCUACUGCAGUGAUUGCAAGGGAGCUAAUUGAAAAUUCUGAGCCGCCUAGCACAACUGUGAUUGCAAGGGAGCUAAUUGAAAAUUCUGAGCCGCCUAGCACAACUGUGAUUGCAAGGGAGCUAAUUGAAAAUUCUGAGCCGCCUAGCACAACUGGUGAAAAUGUUUACGUCGGCUCAACCGUAUGUAACAAGUGCCUCAGUCGAGCUCCCCCAAGGGACGGCAACUAUAAAGUGAUAGCAUGUUGUCCAUGA